GCAGAGAAGAUGAUGAAAUUCAUUUUCUUAGGGUCAAUUUUCAUUAGCUUCACCAAAUUGGUUUUGUGAAAAACAUUAGUAGUGAUUGCAAGCGACAACACAAGCAUGUGUAACAGAACAACGUUAACCGUUCCAAUGCUACAACCAUAAAAACGAAGCAGAGAAAAACUCCAAAAAGUUUGCAUUUGGAAGGAAACUCCCCAAAGAGAGAAAGAUGGGUAAGAAGAAGGUUCUUGUUGUAGGAGGAACUGGUUACCUUGGUCAGCAUCUCUUACAAGCUUAUUAUGGUUCUUCUUCUGAUACCAAUGGAAAUGGAGUCUCUUCUUUCGAUCUGGCAUUCACUCAUCACUCUACUCCUCCGCCAAAGCUUCUUCUUCAUGCCAUUCCCGGCUCCAUUCCUUUCCAAGUUGAUUUGAAAACUGGCGUUGGAUUUGAAUCCAUUUCCAAUGCAUUUGGUCAGCCCGAUGUUGUUGUUAAUUGUGCUGCCAUGUCGGUACCUCGUGCUUGUGAAACUGAUCCUGAUACUGCACAUGCUAUUAACGUGCCAUCAGCUCUUGUAAAUUGGUUGCAAAGCUUUAAAGAGAAAAGCAGUCUUCUCAUUCAUCUCUCAACAGAUCAAGUUUAUGAAGGGGAAAAGUCCUUUUACAAGGAAGAAGACAUUGCUAUUCCGGUAAAUGUUUAUGGUAAAACUAAAGUCGCAGCUGAGCAGUUCAUUUCCGAAAAUUACUCGAAUUAUGCAAUUUUGAGAAGCAGUAUCAUCUAUGGACCACAAACAGUCUCACCUGUUCCAAAAUCUCUUCCAAUUCAGUGGAUGGAUGGUGUCCUUGCUAAAGGAGAAGAAGUGCAGUUCUUUCACGAUGAAUUCCGUUGUCCGAUUUUUGUUAAGGAUCUUGUAAAUAUGAUACUGGCUUUAACAAGGUUAUGGAUAUCAGAGGAUAAGCAAAUACAAUUGCUACUCAAUGCUGGUGGACCUGAUCGGGUAUCGCGAGUUCAAAUGGCCGAGGCUGUUGCACAGUUAAGAGGCUAUGACGCCUCAAAAAUCAAAUCAGUGUCUGCCUCGUCGGUUGAUAGAGGUGUGAAGUCCCCAUCUGACAUAUCAAUGGAUAUUACUAGAUUGGUUCAAACACUAAAAAUUCAUCCUGUUUCAUUCAAGGAUGGUGUCAGAUUAACGCUUGAAGCUGAAGCGAAAAAUUGAAGCAACAAAGAUGUUCAAUGAUCCCUUGUUAGCAUUUUGAGUAUUGUUGCCAUAAAAGUGAAAACUAUGCUCUCUCAGCUCUCUGCCUCUCUUACUGGAUUCUGAAUGUUGUAAACUAAACAUAGGUAAAUUCUUGAUAAAUUUAAGCCAAGCAAUUUGUUGUUGGGCAUUGAGGGAAUUAGUAAAUGAGAAGUAUUAAUUUGUUUGUCAAUGUAUUGUUUUUCAAUUUUUGAAAAAUAAGUUGUACUGAAAUUUGUUCAUGUGUUCUUGCAUGUAUCAAAAAAUAUAUAUUGAACCUGAG